AUGGCCGCCAACCUGUACCCUCAAGGCAUGACCUUGCAUAGCAUUGGUUAUGCAGCUCUUAAAUACCCAGAAUUACCUCCCGAACUUCCUAUCCCCUUGGGAAAUCAAUUAGGCGUGUUGCAACGAGUAACCUCCCAAUACCUCCCCGCCCUCCUCGAGUACCAAUACAGCGAUGCACCACAUCUCCACGACCCCACAUCAUCCCAAUACUGGUGCUCUGACGCCUUCACCCUCAUCAACUGGCUAACCAGCAACCCCGAUGCCGCCGUCGUCGUCGCCAAGCACCCCUCCCUCUUCGCCGACACCGUCUCCAAGCUCCUCAACCCUAACAUCCUCACCGAAAUGAAGGCCUGCGCCCGCGUAGGCGGCGCAUCAUUCGAGGCGGACUUCGCAAGCAUGCUGCAAUUCGUGUCCACGAUCCUACUGCGCAAAGAACAUCUACCCAGUCCCCCGCACCCUCAGCUCCAGGACCUGGUGCCGAAGCUGAAGGCGUGGAAGAGGAAAUACGGCGGGCAGUACAUUGCGCGGGUUUCGGAUCGCCUGGCGGAUCAGAUCAAGAGUCCGGACAAUGCGGAUUUUGCCAUAGUGAUGAGCUCGCAGAAUCAGAAUCUAGUGUGUGGGUUUGUGGGGUGUGAGGAGAAGAUGAAUCUAAAUGCUUGCACGAGGUGUAAGAUGCAGCGGUAUUGUGGGCAGGCUCACCAGAAGAGGGAUUGGGGUUUUCAUAAGAAGAUCUGUCAGAAGGGAUUAGCAGAGGACUGA